AUGUCGUCCAAUCCACCCUCCGAUCCUCCAUCGCGCACCACAACGCCAAACCCACAGUCGCGCUUUACAUCGCAAUCAAAAACCGUUGAAGAUGUUCUCAGUACGCAAACCGUGGGAUUGGUCAAGCUGUCUGAUUUUCGCAAACGCAGAGCGGAGGCGGUAGAGAUGAAGGAGAGGGAUGCGCACGAGAUUGGAAGUGGAAGGAGUGGAGCUAGUACACCUGUGGGCGACGGUGCCUCCACACCCACCGAUCAUCAAUCUGGUCCCCUGAAGAAAAAGAAAAAGAAAGCAGGAACACCCAAAUUAUCAUUCGGAGUCGAUGACGAAGAAGGAGGAGAAAAUACCGAGUCUGAACCUUCACGAUCCGCAACUCCAGAUAUUCCAAAGAAGAAGAAAAUAGGCGUCAAUUCUAGUGUUUCGUUCGUCCCCAAAACGCUGACUAAGUCUGCAUUGUUGAAGGAAGCGCAAACGCGAGAAUCGUUACGGAAAGAGUUUCUGGCAAUUCAAGAAGCGGUCAAGGGAACUGAGAUUGCGAUUCCGUUUGUCUUUUAUGAUGGGACAAAUAUACCGGGUGGAGUAGCGAGGGUGAAAAAAGGAGAUUUUAUUUGGGUUUUCUUGGACAGGAGUAGGAAAGUUGGAGCCGAGCUAGGGGUUGGAGAGAAGGCGAACAGCAAUAGAGAGUGGGCGAGAGUCGGUGUAGAUGAUUUGAUGUUGGUUAGAGGGGGUUUGAUUAUUCCUCAUCACUACGAUUUCUACUACUUCAUCAUAAACCAUACCCUUGGACCCAAUAACCAAGUCCUCUUCCCUCAUAGUUCUUCACCGCCUCCUAGCGCCUCGAUAACCCCUCUCGACACCGAUUCCCCUAUUCCAGAAUCCUACAACCCACUUUCACGUCCUUCUGCUUCCAGUGGCACCAAAACCCCCACAACGAAAGUCGAAGAUUUAGAGGGAUUUGGCGAUGAUCCAACUUUCACAAAGGUAGUGGAUCGCAGAUGGUAUGAGAGGAAUAAACAUAUCUAUCCAGCGAGUGUAUGGCAAGAAUUUAACCCUGAGAAGGACUACCAGACCGAAGUUAAGAGGGAUGCUGGCGGAAACGCCUUUUUCUUUUCUUGA